AGAUACAAGUAGUCGAGCGAGGCCAGAAAGAGAAGAGGAAUCAGGGACCAGCCUGUGGUGAGGGUUGCUUUCCGUCGAUCUCCCUGAAACGUUGUUUUGCUACAGCUUCGUUGCUUAGUAGUCAACCCGUAGGAUGAACAGUAUGUUUUGCCGUUGCGGACAGAGGUUUUUGGCCCUGCCCUCGUCUGCAGUUCGCCAUUUGAGCACAGACUCGACACCACCUCGUGUGCUCAUCACAGGAGGACUUGGGCAGCUGGGUCGAAGCCUAGCAUCUGUCUUGCGCAAGACUCAUGGCAAUGACAGUGUUGUACUUACCGACAUCAAGAAAGCGCCCAGUGAUGUGCUUUCUGCCGGUCCAUACUCCUACCUGGAUGUCCUUGACGAGGCAUCGCUGCGUCGCACCGUUGUGGAAGAGCGCAUCACCACUCUCGUGCAUUACAGUGCUCUGUUGAGUGUGGUGGGUGAGAGCAACAUACCGCUGGCGAUGAAGGUCAACAUUGACAGCGUACAUUCCUGCAUGCAGAUUGCCCAGGAAUACAACCUGCGCUUGUUCAUUCCGAGCACGAUCGGUGCGUUCGGACCUCACUGUCCACGCAACCCCACCCCCGACUUGACAGUGCAGAGGCCCAGGACUAUCUAUGGAGUGUCCAAGGUUCACAUGGAGUUACUCGGAGAGUAUUUCCAGGCGAGCAGGGGCCUGGACUUUCGUUCACUGCGCUUCCCCGGCGUUCUGUCAGCUGAUACUCCACCUGGUGGUGGCACAACAGACUAUGCCGUGCACAUGGCCGUGGCGGCUGCCAAGGAUCGGCCAUUCGAGUGCAACCUUCGGCCAGACACUCGCCUGCCUAUGAUGUAUCUGUCGGACUGUGUGCGUGCCACCGUGGAAAUGCUAACAGCACCGGCCGAUAGCCUUCGCCUGCGCACCUACAACGUGACCGCGAUGAGCUUCACACCCGAGGAACUUGUUGCUGAGAUUCGCAAGCACAAGAAGGACUUCACCGUCACGUAUAAACCAGACCCUAUUGUCCAAGCUAUUGCUGACUCAUGGCCGGAGGUGUUCGACGACUCUGGUGCUCGCAACGACUGGGGCUGGAAUCAUGAGUAUGAUCUAUCUCGGCUUGUGCGGCGCAUGCUGGAAAGUGCUGCCAAGUACCACUAAAACGAUAUGCUAGGUACUAGUAUGUCUUCUUCUUCUUUUUUUCAGAUUUCAUACUUUCACAUGCUUACUGCAAGGUUGUCAAUUUUCUGAUUUUCUGAUUUAUUUCUCGAUGGGUCUGUGCAUCCAUGAGACCUAUAGCCUACCUGCGGGUCAGGUAUAUAUGUAUUGUUCCUUGGCAUGUGCCUUCCUUCCCCGUGCUUCGUCAUUCCCGCACCUUUCCUGGUGGAUUCCCUUGAAUGAAGUUGACUGGAUUUAUUGGUUUCAACUGCUUCCCUUCACCAGGCUUGCUUUGUUCUUGUUACAGGCGCCGGACGAUGCCAGCAGCAGUAGAAUACUAUGCCAGGCAUGAUACCGUAGUUAGUUCUAACACCGUGUGUAGGUGUGUAGGUCCGGUUUGUGUUUGAAUCUCGCUCCACGUAGGUGAUAGUAAACUCUUCUAGUGGGCUGCCACACGCUUGUUUUUCUUGAUUUGUUUUUGUUUUUGUUGCUGCCUUCUGAACAGCUUAGAUUCACACCAGCCCUCUGGUUAAGGUGUAACGGUAGUUCUGCCAUGGAUGCUAUGGUUGUCCUGUGCUCACUCACAGUCGCUAGUUUCUAUUCCUCAAACUCCUUUUCUCAUGCUACUUAGACUUGCAAUACUUUGCUUCACUUCAAAAUUUUCAUAAAAUUGAUAGUCAAAUUUCCGUUUAGAAGCCCAGGCCAGGCUUUUGCUAUUAUAUCUUUUGAACUAACUUGUAAAAUUAUUCUAAUUUUAUAUGGUAACUGUUAGCUUAGUAUCUGACUGUAAAGGACAAGACUUGCGCUGUGGGCGCAGCUGACUUUCCUGAUAGGAACGCAGCGACCUUCA